UCAACGGAAGUGGAAACCGGGCUGCGAGAUGACCAAUAUUACAACAAAAACGACAUGCAUGUCACCGAGCCUAGUACACCAUUAAGGCUCAGAUAACAUCACUGACAGAUGUCGUUUAUCCUGUGGCACUUUAGUCCUCUUGCAGUGGAUGCUGUGUGUACAUUUCCAUUUAAGACUGAGCUGAAAAGAGAGAGGACAAACAGAGCGAAGCAAGUAUGAAGAGACUUCCAGUCCUGGUCCCCCUCAUUUGGGUCUGCUCGGUGUUCUAUGUGGGCAUCUUCCUGUUUGUUGGAGGCUUCCUUCUAGUCAGGCUGGAGGUGAACAGAACCAGUACCUGUGCUGAUGUCUUAUCCCCAGCAGCCCAUGUGAAGGGGGAUUUCUGCCUGAGCGAGCCUCGGUUUCGUCGGGCAGUGGUUCUGAUCAUCGAUGCCCUCAAAGCAGACUUCACCCGCUAUGACCCUGAGAACACUGCGCCCAAGCCAUUUGAGAACAAGCUACCAGUUUUAGAUGAGAUGGCAUCAUCACACCCCUCUCAUGCGAGGCUCUACACUUUUCAGGCCGAUCCGCCCACCACUACCAUGCAAAGGAUCAAAGGCUUUACAACAGGUUCUCUGCCCACUUUCAUUGAUGUGGGGAACAACUUUGCCUCCAAUGCCAUUCUGGAAGACAAUCUGGUGCACCAGUUGGGUCAAGUGGGCAAGAGAGUUGUCUUUAUGGGGGAUGAUACAUGGUUGAGUCUCUUCCCCAAGAAGUUCCACAGAUCUUUGCCCUUCCCCUCCUUCAAUGUGAAGGACUUACACACAGUGGACAAUGGCAUUCUGCAGAACAUCUAUCCAACCAUGGAAGGGGAUGAUUGGGAUGUGUUGAUUGCUCACUUCCUGGGUGUAGAUCACUGUGGGCACAGAUUUGGCCCAGAUCACCCUGCUAUGGCUGAGAAACUCUCCCAGAUGGAUGGAGUCAUCAGGUCAGUGAUAAAGCGUUUGAAGAAUGACACUUUGUUGGUGGUGAUGGGAGAUCAUGGAAUGACAGACACUGGGGAUCAUGGUGGAGAGAGCCAGAAAGAGACAGAUGCUGCCCUGUUUCUCUACAGUUCAUCACCCUUAUUCCCAGCACCAGGCUCCCAGGUGGAACCUGAGGUAGUUCCUCAGACUGAUCUGGUACCAACACUGGCAUUGCUACUGGGAGUUCCCAUUCCCUAUAGCAGUGUGGGCCAGGUUCUUCUGCCGCUUUUUCCUCAGAAUGGCUCCCGGAGUGCACCUACAGGACUUAGCCAGGCAGAGGCGCUGUGGAUUAAUGUCAAACAGGUGAACCGCUUCUUGGAGACCUACUCUAACAUGGCCAAAGACAUCCCACCAGACAGUCUGUCGCGGCUGCAGGCUGACUUCUCAAGCCUUUCCUCUCAGUACUUGGCCACUGUCCAUGAGGGUCAUCCACCCCCUCCUGAGCUAGUCGUCUCCAUGCAGAACUAUUUGACAGCUGUCAGGGAGACUUGUAGAAUCUCCUGGGCCCGUUUCAACCCUUUCAAAAUGGCUGCGGGGCUCUUAAUCUUGGGAGUUGCCUGUAUGUUGUGUUACGUCCUUUCUGAGUUAUCUCAUAUAAUAAUCCAGGAGGGUCUGUUAAAGAUGCCAAUUCUUUCAGGGUUGGUGGUGGGUCUAGUAGUAGCUGCUGGUCAGCUGUUUUCACAAGGUUAUUUGGAGCUUUCAUGGUGCCUGGGAGCUGCAGCACUUUCAUCUGAGGUUUUGUUUCUGUGGUGGACUUGUGGAAUUUCUCAGAAAGUUAGGUGGCCUCAUAUUCACCUCCUCACACCGGCCCUGCUGGUGCUUUUCUUGCGCUGUGCUUCCUUGCUCUCAGACAGUUACGUCAUUUACGAAGGUCAUGUUGUUACCUUCUUGCUCUUCUCGUUGAGUGUAUAUGUUCCUCUGCGCCUCAACUGGGAUGGACUCCUGGUGCCACUUCCCCCACCAGAUACCCAAAAGCCCCCUCUGCUGCUCCCAACAGCAUUGCCAUCUUCAGUGAUACGGCGGGAGGCCACCAUCCUGUUGGUGUGGUUGGCUCUGCUGGUGGGAUCACUCUACCUCUCCCUCUUCUUCCACAACUGUCGAGAGGAGCAGGGCACCUGCCAGCCCUCCCCCUUUCUCUCCCCACUCUCACGUAUACAGGACAGCCAACUGCGUAACGUCCACUAUGUUAUCUCUGUGGCCUCACUGGCCAUGUGGGCGUACAUUCUACAUCGUUGGCUUAGACAUUAUGGGAAUCUUAACUGUUCCAGUUUGACUGUGUUCUCAUCCAGCUUCCUUUUACCUCUGGCCUGUGUUUGCAUGGGGCUGCACUGGGCAGUGAGUGCCACCCCAGAAGACACCUUCAGACAUCUGUCCGAGCUGAUCGGUUUGGCCCAGGUGUUUUUGCCACGGGCCAUCUUCUGCCUCCUGAGCAUGGGGCUUCUGCUGUUAUGGGUGGAUCCUAUGACUGUGUUCCUCAAGUCUCGGACACCCCUGAACUCUCGGGGAACAUCCCUACCACCCCCCAAGUACCGAGCCAGCACGGGCAUUAGUCCGCAAGCUGAACUGCACCACCUUAUACCACAGUUAUAUCAGCGAAUCCGACACUCGCUGGAAGAUGGAGGCACCGAGGACAGCGAAGCAAACGGCAGGCCAGCCGUGGAGGCAUAUGGACUAGGUACAGUGUACUCAGCCCCCCUAGUCCUGCUGUGCGGGCUUCUGGGGCUGGCACUCCUGCUGCUCCACCCUGAGGGAAUGUCCUUAGCAUUUCUCCUACUUCUGCUGGAGGCCGGAGCUGUGCUGCACAUCCACGCCUGUAGCACCACCCUGUCCAGCCUGCAGAGACACUUCAACGACUUCAGUGUGCCAUGGGCUCCAGUGGUUUCAUGGUCUCUGGCGGCUGCCCAGUUUUUCCAUGCAACUGGACACCUCCCAACCUUCCCUUCCAUCCAAUGGGGUGCUGCAUUUGUGGGCUUUCCUCAGGGUCACACUGGCACUGUGCUUCCUGCCUCACUGGUGACCCUUAACACCUUCUCCUCUCAUAUCAUCUUUGCAGUUGGCUGUCCUCUGCUGUUGUUCUGGCCUCUGGUGUGCGAGGUGCGUGGGGCUCCAUCUACACGCUCAGCAAGAGGGCAGGAGAUUGAGGAUGCGGUCAUGGAGAUGAGACUAAGAGAAAACCCUCAGAAGUUCAGCGCAGCUCUCUUGCAGCUCGCUGCACGCUACCUCUUUGUUAAUGGAGCGCAGGUUUUUGCAUCGGUUUGUGCUGCAGCUAUCCUCAGAAGACACCUCAUGGUCUGGAAAGUGUUUGCACCCAAACUGAUGUUUGAGGCAUCUGGCUUCAUCUUGGGCAGUGUGUUUGUGAUGUUGGGGAUUACCAUGGUGAUGAGGGUGGACAUGGCAGUGGGUAGUCUGUUUAAGAAACUCCUCCCUCAGAACUCCAGGUAGCACCUGACAAUGCCUCUUUUCCCUACAAGCCUAUCUUACCCAUCUAGAACUCUUCAGAGAUGUGGAGAUACUUGGUCAUCCUCCUCAACUCCACUGCCAACCAUAUGGAUAGAAACAAGAUUUUUGUAUCUGACUGUAUCUAAUUUGGACCAAGAGUUGUCAGCCGUUGUUGCUCUGUCUGUGCAUGCCUUUUUACUGCCACAAGGUUUUUUGUUCCACACGGUUAUUUUAGGGAAGAUUAUAAGUUAUUAUAUUGAAGGGCUACAUAAAAUCCACAGUAUUGCAAUGGCAUGUUUGAACUGGGAGAAUCGAUUCCUUUUCAAACAUUCAAGGAUACAAGUACAUGCUUGAGGGCACCAUUAAUUUCAUCUAUGAACUGUAACCAUUCAUGAAAUGUCAUUUUUGUGGGGUUCUUAUGUAAUUUUCAUUUUACUGAUUCGUGUCAACCUUUAUUGCUUGAAAGUUGUUUGAUAACAGCCCUUGGUUCAUACUGACCCUAUGAGAUCCCAUUUGUUUCCUAGCAAUAACUGCCUAAGCAUCAUGUUUUCAUUCAGUGUUAUUGGUUCAAUGCUAUGAACAGUGGCCCCAAAACGUAUUUAGACACUUGACAAACUUAAAAAUUUCAUUGCAUUAGAAGCACUCAAACCAAGUGGCCUCUGCAAGCAAAAAACAUGCAAGACCUUUCCUCAGAACUACAUUUCUGGGCCAUUUUUGAGUUAUGACUUUUAACCAGCUGGUCUCUGAUUGUAUUUUUUUAUUUUAUUUUUUAAAAUCAAGUUCUCACGCAAGUGUACUAGCAGAGUGACCACAGGUGUAGUUCAACUAUGGACAUGUUCCACUAACUUUGACAACCAAAAAAAGUGUCUGCAUUUUGAACAAUAUGUAUAUAUUUAUCAUUUCAAACCUAACAAAUUAUUUUGGCAAAAUGUUAUAUUUCUUUAACACGAAUGGCACUUGGUUUGAUAUGUUGUUAUAUGUAAGGCAAAGACAUUUGACUUGUUUGACUUAAGUGUCCAAAUACAAAACAUUUUUGGCCACCAUGUAUGUUCUUAGUUUUUUUUUUUGGCUAGGUAAGAUAUUCAUCCAGGUAACAGGU